AUGCCGCAGCUCAUGACCUUUACGUGCGUGCAGCAUAUGACGCGGCUAUCACCAGAGACGCCUGUUGACUUUCUGGAUGAGAGCUACAUUCACCACCACUACUCUCGUCAUCAAGACAGUUUGUUCGAUCCGACGUACGACGCACCUCCAAAGGCCAAGCACAAGGGUCGUCGGCUGUGCUUCAUCGCUGGUAUUAUGGCCAACGGACCACAGGAUGCCAAAUUGCUUGGUCGCGACAUUUUCGAGGGUGGGAAAAAACGAAAGGAGCCGAAAGACUACCAUGGAAUGUUUGACCACGAGUAUUUCGUUCGAUGGUUCGUGAGAGUCAUGGACGAAGUCGAAUCUCUGGGGAAGACUGGUGUCACGUUCGUUAUGGAUAAUGCAAAGUACCACAAGGUCUUACCUGUGGAGACCCCGCGUGGAACAUGGCGGAAGACGGACUUACUUCUCGCGUGCCAGCGCUACGGAGUUGAUGUUGACGUGAACGAUUUAAAGAAGACAAUUUGGUCACGGCUCAAACCUGUAUUGGCAGCUCGUGUGGACCCGGUUGUCGUGACCAUGGCGCCCAGUGUGCACUGGAAGUUUCUUACGUCCGUUUUGGCAUUCUAA